AUGUUAAACUAAUUUAAUAAACCAUAUGUAAAAAGUACAGCUGAAUCCUAAAAAGUUAUAAAAACAAAUUCAAAAAAUAAAGAAACUUAUGAAACUCCCUGCUAUUCAAAGCAUGUUAGCAUCUCUAUUUUAAAAGUUAACACUAUUAAUAGAUUUUAUGAUUAAUUAACUAGAUAAUUAAAUUAAGUAAUAAAAUUAUAAAUAUAGAUUCUAUUAAUAGAUUGAUAUAAAAAAAUUAUUAAAUGAACGAUUAAAGAAAGGAUAUAAUUAUAAUAAGAAUAUGGGAAUCUAAGAAAAAUAAGAAGAACAAUAAGUUAGAAUGAAAUUCUCAGAAUAAACUCCAUUUUAUGAUAAGUAUCAUAAUUCGCAGUUAGAACAAUGA